GUCGAAUCCCAGCUGUGCCAAGAGCAGUCAGGAACAGACUCGCCUGCCCUCACUAAGAGGCGGCAGCAAGCAGCGCUGAGUCGGUCCGCGGCCGUGAAUGAUGGCCAGCCCUCCUGCCAUCUCCUAGUGCAGGUGUGGGUGUCCAUCACCAACGACAGCCUUGGGUCCACGGAAGUCAGGACUCCUGAGAAACUGCUGCGAGGCCAAUGUCCUAUUAUAGCGCAGCCUUCUCCCAGAAUAAGGCAAUGAGGUGGCGGCCAACAGGAAAGCCAUUUCUGCCGUCGGGUCACUGGAGUGAUCCUCUCCGAGUUUAACUACACGUCUUUUCAGCAACUGCCUUAUCCAUAUGGUCUUGAAAGUCCGUCGAGGGUGACCAGCGCUACAGAAUGGAUCACACCGGUAAAAGACUCUUUCAUUGCUUGACUGAGACUUAGAUUCACCUUCUGCUGUGAAGCGACGUAUCAGACUGGGGACUACUGUACUGCUGAGCCGGUGGGGUAAAAAUAAACCUUGCAUGCGACCAGGCGCGGGGAAAUCACCCAAAAUGCAACGGGUGUCAAAUGGAAAGAAAUGAAAUCAUAUCGCCUUUUGAGAGACGAUCUGGUUAAAUUCAGUCCGAUGUAAGGCAGAACGUCCUGGAGACCGACUGAAUCAGGUAGCAGUAAGUGUUGGAAAUGAGCUGCCUGGAAAGAAAACAGCGGGUUCGCCACAAAACCAGGAUGCACAGGUCCUGCAAGCACCCGGAUGGUUUUGGUAAAGCGUCCUGCGCCGGCAGCGUUAUGGACGAGACGGACCGUGAAGUGAGCAGCCUCACCGACCGUGCCUUUAAGAGCCUUUGCGUUGGCGACGAGGCUGCCUACAUUGAGCCGGUGCUCAUAUCCUCUCCCACUGAACGCCAGCGGGCAUUCAUGGAGGACGUCAAUGGCACAGAACAGAAAACCAUGCAAGGUAUACUCCAGCUAGGCAGAAAAGGGGAGGUGGGCAAUACGUCCAAGACAGCGACAACAUUCCAGCAUCCGGUUGGGGAUUUGGUCAAGCCCCGGAACGAACGUGUCCCUCAGAUGAACAACGGUGCUAUCAAAACCAUGUGGGUGCAGAACAACAGCAAAUCAAAGGUGUCAUCUCAGAUUAAGGCAUUCGCUACAGCCAGGAAUGACGGUCAUGUGGCUGGAGAUGGCGUUAGGCCAACAGACUGUAAACAAGUAGAAGUAACCUGUCAGUCAUGGGACAGGUCAGCCCUCAUGAGCAUCCAGAGGGAACUGUCUGAAUUCUCCACAGCAGUUUGUCCACAGAACUUUACGAUGGGCCGUAUUGCACCAGGAAAAAAACCCUCCAGUAAUAAAACCUCAAAUAUGGAUAUGGCCGCCACCUCUACAAAAUCCUCAAAGGGCAAAGGUCGCAAGUCCAGCAAGCACAAGAAGCUCGUUGCCACAAAUUUCUUUCUACAUAGUGAAUUCAGCCCAUUUCAAAUUUGGAGGGAGUGCAAACAGGUCCCAUUUGAAAACUCGGACAUCUUGUCCACAAGUAAUUUUCCAAAGUGGUAUGACUCCUCACUCUACAAGGAGUUAAAGGCAGUGCAUGAAGACGCCCAUCUCAAGGAGCGUGUUCAGCGCAGGAAACCGACGGAGAACGCUAUAGCUGCCUUAAUGUCUUCAACCAAAAAGCCAUCCAAAGCCCAGGAGGUCAGGGAGCAACAUCAUUCUUUUAAAGACCAACAAAGAGCUGAGGAUAUUGAAAGGCAGAAUCUUUCCCUUGAAUACCUAAACAAAGAUUUGGCUGUUGGGAAAGGAUGCCCAUCUCCUAAAGUCGUACAAAAUGGCAAAGCUAUUGACAAGAUAAGCAACCUGGAAAUGGCGACGGCUUGUGUCCCCUGGAGAAAGAACAGGAGCCUGGUUAAAAAAGCACAUGCUGCCAAUCGGCCCUGCACCAUGCCCCCUCCUCAAGAACAGCAAAGGGAGGGCACACAGAGUGCAGUGUUGGUCAUGUCAGGCAGUAUAGCCCCACUCGGCAUCGCCAAACUCCUGACUCCCACUUUAUGUGACAGACGGGAGAUGAAAACUUUGGUAUCCUUGAAGGACACAUUUCCCUUGGCGAAACCUCCCCCCGCCCCCUCGCUGGAGACUGAGGCCAAGCCGAACGAGGUCCGGCUGCGUGACAGCUAUAAGGCCAUGGCCUCCAGCUUGCUUUUCAACAUCAAGGACAACAGGAAACGUGUGAAGAGCACAUACAACCCACCGAAGUUUAAAAGUCCAGACUCCUCUGGCCCCAAGAGCGUCCCGACUAUUUUGGAACUGUCGGGUACAGGGGCUGCAACUGUGGCCCAACCCAAAGCCAGAGACGGCAAGCCUGUUAGCAGCCCCGCUCUGGAACCGAGUGAGGUGCGGACCAGCCAUCGCAAAGAACUCGCUGAAGUCUGCAUAUCAGAUGACUACUUGACAUUAAGCUCACCCCCAGCUGUAAAAGAAGCUUGUAGCUUUAAAAGCUUUCCUGGUGCCACGCGCAAAAGCACAGGCCAAGCCCAGCCCGUGGACCACGCUGUCAGCUCUCCUUUAACAUCAAGAGACACUCCACAGAAAUGUCUGGCACCAGACCCAUACAGGCCAGCUGGCCUGAUAGGGAAAGAGAUUGUAAAUGGGCCAUUGAUGGCGAAUGCUUCUCACCGGUCCACUGAAAAAGAGGAAGAGAGUCCAGAAAAGGAACCACCUCUCCCAAAUGCAGUAGAUUUCUUUGUAGACUCCGAAGCUUUUGGCAAAGAAGCGAAACAGACAAGCAACCACACAAUCAAAAAAGGGCUCAGCGAGGGGCAGGACUUGUACCUGGAUGGAUGUGUAGUCAGAGGAAGUAGGCUGAAUGCCGUGACAGGAAGUGGGAACCCCGAGGGGCCAUCAGCAGAAGAUAGGGCUGUAAACCCCGUGACCACUGGGGAAAAAGAAAAUGCUCAACCGGGGAUUCAUGAUCGGAAAGAGAGGGAUUCUAGAAAGGAAGUUAGACUAAAACAUGUCUUUUCAGCAAAACAGAACCAAUAUAUAAAGAAUGAGAGGUAUGCAAUGAAAGUAGACAAUGGAGAAGAAGAGGGAGGUACAGAAGUGCUCAUACAGAGAGCAGACAUUGGUGUUAUAAGUCACCAGUCAAUAACUCAGGAAAGGCGGAACACCAAAGUAGGCGAAGAGAAAAGAGGCUCUGAAAAUGAUGUGACUCUAGUUAUAGACCAGCCAGAAGUUGGAGAGCAUAUGAUAGCUGUAAAUGGGGACAUGCUUAAUCAAAAUGUUCAGGCUAACACAGACACGGUGUGGGUUAAACCACAUGCACUGUCGUCAGGGGAGGGUGAACUUAUUCUAAAUAAAGAAAAUGAGGUAAGGAGAGAGGAGAACAUGGCAAACACAAGACAUGCUCAGAAUGACUGGGAGGAACAGGUUAGAGACAAAGAAAACAGUAAUCUGAAACAGACCUUUUCCAAGUCUAGUAUAGUCUACGAUAAAAACAGCAAAGCUCAAGCCCUUCUCCCUCCCAAGAGUGUCAAAAAGGAGAGAAAUUUGGUCAGUGGGAAAGAUGAGGCUGAUGUAGUUACUGAAAGAAGAAGACGUCCUACUGGAAAGGAUAACUUUGCCAUGGACAGCAGGGGCCGAGAUGGAGAGCAAAAGCAAGGAAGGCGGGGUGCAAUGGAUAAAGGCAACGUCAGACAGAAAGUACUCUCUUACAUGAGUAUGAAAGAGCAUGUUGAUGGUCUCCAAACCGAAGGGGCAGGGUCGGCGACUAGGGUACAGUCAUCAAGAGAAGGGUUUACCGGGACAGACGAAGGAAGUGUGAGUCAGAGGGAAAAUGCAGGUAUAGUUUGGGGAUAUGGGAGGAGGCGGGAAGUAGCAUCUAUAGGUGAAAAAGAUGAGGAUCUUUCAGGAGAAUGGACAGCAAAGGAACAUGCAAGCAGGAGUCAAGGCAGAACUUAUAGAAAGGCAAAUGGCAAGUCGAAUGGGGAAAGAGAGGUGCCCGCUAUGCCAGUGCAGGACAGCUGGGCAGAAGGGCAGUUGGCUCAUGCCAGAGAGGCCAAAAAAGCUCCAAGGGACUUGUACUUAUUGCCAAUGGUUGAUUCACAGAAUAAGGAUUUCAAAGCACAACCAUCACAGCUGUCAGAGGAUUUGCACACUAAAGGGGACAAGAAUACAUCAGGGAAGGAUUCGCAAAUGAUGGAGUCGCAAUAUUUCAGUGUAACCGAUCACAAGAGUGAAGUGAUAGCUAAAGACAGUCAUGCAGUCUUGCUACAGAGUGAUGGGAGAGCCUCAUGGACAGGAGAAAGCACACUAUCGCCCAACGAGAUGGAAGAAGGUGGCUGGAUACGCUGCUUAAUUGAAAGUGCCAAAGCCCAAUCGCAAGCACCUUUGUCGCCUAUGGGGAAGCCCACUUUGUUUAAAGUGAAAGACAACACUUUCCGGAAUUCCCCGAUCAUCAGGACAGUGAAGCUGCCCUUUCACCUUCCAUGUCCAGAGGAAUUCUGCUUGGGGUCACCUAAGGAAAGCCUGAGUGGGUCCGAGAGGGGUGAUGAUGAACAGGACCACUUGCAGGAUGCAUCAUUUCCGCGUAGCACUGGGUUAACCUCACGCUCAUAUGGAGCGUCCGCUCGUAGUGCAACACCCCAUACUGCUAAAUCCCCUGAGGUAUCUGGAGAGCCAAGGAGGAGCCAUCAGAGACAUGUUCCAAUCCCAGAAGAGGAAGAAGGUGCUUCAGAGCAGGUGGAGAGUUGCUCUAUGAUUGUGGUAGACAUGGAGGAAAAGCCAGACAGCACUGUGCCCACAGAGGAUACCACGUGCUCAGAGGAACCCAGUGAAAGGUCGGAGUCCGCCUGCAGCGCCGCCGAAUCUCGGCCACAGAGCCGCCUGCCAGUUGUGCCCCCCAAGUCAGAAAAAGCCCUCCGUCGUGCUCAAAAGCUGAACACCAGGAGAAACAGAAAAGUGGACUCCCAUAGAAAGUCACAAAGGCAGAGCCAAGCAAAUCAAACUGCUCCAAAACUCAGCCAACCUGCCUCAAGUACAUGGUUGCCACCCGCUGAGCCACCGGUACCUCAGCAACCAGUGCCAGACUCUUUGCCAGCUUCCUCGUCCUGCAAUGCGCCUAAGCUCAGCCCACCCCCUGCUGUCGAUGCCAUAGUGCCACCCUGCUCGAUGACCCAGAGGAAGGUCCUGCAAGACCCAGAUUCCGGGCAGUACUUUGUGGUUGACAUGCCUGUGCAAGUCAAGACAAAGACCUUCUUUGAUCCAGAGACUGGAAUGUAUCUCCAGUUGCCAGUAAAGCAAUCUGAGGAGGCCUCGUCGCCUGUGACCUCCAGCUCACCCCCUACUUCAGUGGAAGCCCCCUACAUGCUCUACCAUGGAUUUGUGCCUAUGCCUGUCAGUCUGUUACCAUCACAGGGGCUUGCCUGCAAUAUGUCAGUAAGAGUCACAAACGGUCAGAAGAAUCUGGAGGAUAGCACCUUCUAUAGGCAGAUGUGGGACAAGCAGAACAGCAAUAAAAAUACUGGGCCUGAUGGGAUACGUGGCACCCUGUAUGAUGGAUCCUUGUAUAGUGACGAUAGGGACAGUAUCAGUUCUAGGAACAUGGAUAUCAUGUCACUGGGUGAAGUGGAUGACUUAGCAAUAGAGAAUUAGCUGAAACCAGUUAUUUGUUUGAAAUGCACUGUAUUUUUUUUGGGAUUAGUACAACACUGAGACAAGUGAGCACAGUUUAUAUAUAUAGCCAUAUAAGUGAUCAAAUAUCAGUAUUGUUCUUUAGUAUUUAUAGCCAUAAGAGAAAGAGUAUUUUAAAAUGUAAAGAAUGACAAUGUAGCAUUUUAUUAAAGAAUGUUAAGAAUUGCAAACUUCUAUUAUAGCAUCUGUAAAGUAGAAAUGUUGAAGAUGUAAUUAUUUAAAUAAAGUGUAAUGCAGGUCUUUGACUAACAGAUAAAGCAGGGAUAUUUAUUGAAACAAAGUUUUAUGCAUAAGAAUAUUUUGAAAAAUAAAACAGUCAUCCAUUCUUCCAUCCAUCUUCUAACUGGAGCCUGUCAUGUAAAAACCAUUCCAAUAAAAUAAUUCAUAAUACCCCUUCA